AGGUUAAUGAUCAAUCUGCCAGGGAACUCUGAGAUGAGAUUGGAGGAUGUCUGUUUGCUUUUGGUCAUGGUUGUCAUUGUCACAGAAAUUGUGGAGAGCAGGAAACAGUACGAGUUUAAACAGUAUACAUACAGGAAAAAGAGAGAUGACAGGAAGUACAAGAAUGCUAAGGCUUUGUGUGAAACACGGCCAGAAUGCUUGUCCAAGUUUGGAGCAGAGCAGACAGCCUGUGUAAGAAACUGUACCUCCAGUUUCUGUUAUAAGCAGAUCUAUGCAGACGACCCACUGGAAGAUGGUGAGAUAGAUGUGAGAUUGAACUCAUUUAAGGGAUGUCUGUCCCAGGACAAGAAUAACGAACACAAAGAAAAGCUCCCUGGAGAGGGUAAUCUGGAUCUAGGCAUCGGAUAGACAAUUCACUUCCAUCUUUGUCUAAUAACAUCAGACUAGUCUGAAUAAUUCUGUGAACAAUUGUGUCACUUUAUUGUCCUAACAAAGGGUGAAUGUUUGAGUACUAAAACAAUUUCAAGUCACUGUAUUAAGGAGGCUGGGGGAUCAACAAAUUAACCAUCAGAUAUAACUUAUUUUUUUAGAUAUGAUAUCUUAAGCUGUCAACUAUCAUUUGGCAAACAAAAAUUUCAUACAUUUUAGUUUUAAAAUUUGAUCAUUUUUGUAUAUCUUUAUAUGGAGCUCUUCUUCUAAAGGAGAUCAAUAUAGUCUGAAAAUGGCCACAACCACCCAGCCCUCUUAAAAUAUGCACAAAAUAAAGGAUUAUUGUAGCAUUACACUAUACCUCUUGUACUGCAGUAUAAUAACUAUUUACUUUCAGAUUAAUAGGAACAUCCUGAUUUUUUUUCAUCCCAAUUUCAUAAUUUUCAUUAUUAGAUUCACGAGGAAUAAAAGAAAAUUUCAAAUAAAGUCUUAAUGUUUGAACAAUACUUAACAUUCAGAGCUGAACAGCUAGUACGUGUAUAUGUUAUGGAUGUGCUCAAUUUGCAUAUUGUCAAAUAUGUAUGUUUUUCUCCAAGAUAUUGUGUAUUGAUGUUAUCAUGAGAUUUGUUUAAGUAAUGUAAUAUGAAAAGAAUGGAGAUGGGGUAGGAAGAAGAAUUGAUUUGAUCUCAAUAAAUUAAUGAAAAAUAAAAUUUGAUUAUGAAUUCUAAA